AUGACUGACGCACAAACGCAUAUAGACGGAAAAUUUCCAGCAACGGAAGCAAAAAUAGAAGUUGAGAAAGUAAAUACCGGUGAUAACGGAAAAGACAAAAUACUCACUAAAUUAAAAGGAAAAUUAAUAAUUAAAAACCGUCAGAAUUUGACGGAAAUUAAAUUUGAAGAUCAUGAAUUAGAGGAGUUGGAAAUUAUUAAUUGCCCAAACUUAACAAAAAUUAAUGUUGGAAAAAACAAGUUAACUAAAUUAGAUAUCACUAAAAUAAAAACUACCGAUGGCACUGACGCUGGAGACGCGGCUCCGGCAGACAAAUUAACAGAAUUAAGGAUGGCUAAUAAUGCCGACCUUGAAGAAGCUUCGUUGGAAUAUUGUCCAAAACUAAAAACACUUUUGGCUACAGGCUGUACCAAACUCAAAAAAAUUACAGGAUUAGAUAAUUUAAAAGAAAUCAGGACAGUUGCUGGCGUAGACCAUCUAAUAAGUUACAUUGUUUCUGAAAAAUUGGAUUAUUAUAAAGAAGUAGUAAAAUAUAUUCGAGAAACCUUGGGCUUGAGUAAUGAUAAACCUUUGCCAAAAAAACCUGAUGGAAGUUUAGACAAAGACAAAUUAAAAACCGACAUGGAAAACAAAAUUGCUGGUAGUGCUAAUAGCGAAAGGGACCAAGCCAAGCAAGAAGCCCAAACUGCCAAAGCAGAAUUGACUACUGCAAAAGCUGAAAAAACUAAUUUAGAAAAUCAAUUAAACGCUAUAAAAACCGAAUUAGGAGUGGGUAAUAAUGCUAAUCAACAGCAAAUUGUUGCUAAAAUUAAAGAAUUAAUGGGUCGACCGACCAGCACCCAUACUGAUUAUGACGCCAUUAAGUCCGAAAGAGAUAAUUUAAAAACUGAAAGGGACACACUAAAAACUGAAAACGCCCGAUUAAAAAAUGAUAACAAAGAGAAUGUUAACCCUAAUACUUUAAGAGACAAUACUAAAACUAACUUGGAAAAAUGA